AAUCAGACUCAACUGGCAAGAAGUGAGGAAGCUGUCGCAUGGUUCCUCUCAGCUGCAGGCCAUACUGGGAAAGCACAAAGAGGUUUUUCGUGAGGAACUGGGCAGCAUGAAAAAAAUUACAGUGAAGCUGCAUCUCAAACCUGACAGCAAGCCAGUCUUUAUGAAGGCUAGACCUGUGCCGUACGCCAUUCGGCCCAAGGUGGAGUCUAACUUAGACGCAUUGGUCAAGAAUGGUGUUCUGGAGCCGGUUACAACCAGCGAGUGGGCCACGCCUAUCGUUCCAGUUCCUAAAAAGGAUGGAGGAAUCCGGAUCUGCGGAGACUUCAAGGUAUCCGUGAAUCCUGUAUUAACAGCAGAGCAGUAUCCCCUCCCUCUGAUUGAUGACUUAUUUGCUGGUCUGAGUGGGGGACAAAAGUUCAGCAAAAUAGAUCUCAACCAGGCUUACCUGCAAAUGCAUGUUGAAGAGCAGUCACGUGACAUGUUGACUAUCAACACACAUAAGGGACUUUUCAGAUACUGCAGGUUGCCUUUUGGCAUCACAUCAGCUCCAGCAUUGUUUCAGCGAGCGAUUGAUCAAAUCCUGAGCGGAUUACCUGGUGUGCAGUGUUACUUGGAUGAUAUCCUGUGUACAGGAGCAGAUGAUGAAGAACAUCUGUGCAACCUGGAUGCGACCCUUCAGAGACUGAAGGAAUACAGAUUGAGAGUCCGUAAGGAGAAAUGUGACUUUUUCCAGUCAUCUGUGGAAUAUCUAGGGCACGUGAUUGAUGCAAAUGGACUACACACUGCGCCUUCAAAGAUCACAGCAAUUGUGGAUGCACCCCCACCACAAAAUGUCAGCCAGUUAAAGUCUUUCUUAGGACUGUUGAACUACUAUGGACGGUUCAUACCCAACUUGGCAUCACUCCUGAAACCACUGCAUAACCUGCUACGCAAGGAGGAAGCAUGGAAGUGGACAGCAAGCUGUCAAGAGGCCUUUCAAAAGGCAAAGGAUUCACUGACUGCAUCUGAGGUGCUAACCCACUUCAAUCCUAAGUUCCCAAUUCAGCUUGCCUGUGAUGCUUCACCCUAUGGGGUGGGGGCAGUGAUUUCCCACAUUCUCCCAAACGGCGAAGAAAGGCCAAUUGCAUUCGCAUCAAGGACAUUAAACACGGCAGAGACCAACUAUGCUCAGCUGGAACGAGAGGCUCUGAGCAUUGUAUUUGGUGUUCGGAAAUUUCACCAGUACUUGUACGGUAGGAAGUUUACACUGUUAACUGACCAUAGACCUCUCACAACCAUCCUGGGACCCUACACAGGGAUUCCAUCUUUUGCUGCUUCUCGUCUCCAGAGGUGGGCAUUGAUAUUGUCAGGACAUUCUUAUGACAUCAAGUAUCGCAAAUCGGAGUCUCAUUGCAAUGCAGAUGGGUUGUCCAGGUUGCCUCUCCCUGUUAGAAAACCCGUUUCUGACACUGUUGAGAUCCUCUACUUCAGGGAGGUAGAGACAGCACCUGUUUCGGCUGUGCAGGUGAAAAAGGCGUCCAGAAAUGACCCUGUGUUGUCAGCAGUGAUGGACUGGAUCAUUAAGGGUCUUCCUGCAGGUGAGGAUGUAGACUUGAAGGCCUUCCUGGGAAAGCGGGCGGAGCUUUCUGUUCAGGCGGGAUGUUUGCUGUGGGGGAGGAGAGUCAUUAUUCCCCUGUCACUUCAAACAAAACUGUUGAAGCAACUUCAUGCAGGACACAGUGGAAUAGUGAGAAUGAAGGAAAUAGCGAGAAGCUAUUUUUGGUGGCCAAAUAUGGACAAACAGAUUGAGGAGAUUGCUAAAAACUGUUCAUCGUGUCAUAAGGUCCGGAACAACCCACCACUUGCUCCUCUCCAUCCCUGGGAGUUCCCACAGGAGCCAUGGCAUCGUGUGCACAUUGACUUUGCAGGUCCAUACGAGGACAAAAUGUUUCUUGUAGCUGUUGAUGCACACAGUAAAUGGCCUGAAGUGACCAUCAUGAAAUCAACCACCACUGAGAAGACCAUAGAAGCACUAGGAGAAAUGUUCAGUAGGUUUGGAUCUCCUACACAGAUAGUCUCUGACAAUGGACCUCAACUGGUUUCACAGGAAAUGGAGGCUUUCCUGCAAGCUAAUGGAGUGCAGCACAUUACUUCAGCUCCAUACCAUCCUGCAACGAAUGGCCUUGCAGAAAGGUUUGUUCAGACAAUGAAACAUGCACUGAAAACAUCACAAGGCCAAGGAACACUGCAUCAGAGACUGCACAAGUUUCUGCUUAACUACCGGAACAGUCCACAUGCAACCACAAGGACAUCUCCUGCCAACGCAAUGUUCAAGAGAGAUCUGCGCACUACCUUUGAUCUUUUGAAACCCUCAACUGUGAAGGACACUGUGCAAAAACAACAAGAGAAACAAAUUAUGUACAGGGGCCAACAGGUCAAGAACAGAGUCUUCAGCCCCGGUGAGUCAGUGCUGGCCAGGAACUACAGAGGAGCACACAAGUGGGUUCCUGCAACUGUCAUCGCACAAACUGGACCAGUUUCAUAUACAGUACAGGUUGCCGAUGGAGUGUGGAGAAGGCACGUGGAUCAGCUACUUCAGACCGCACCAGUGUCUGCAGAAAGGUCUUUCGAAGAUCUUAAAAAUGCACUCAUCGACUCGUCAGUCCCUCCACACAUGCAAGUAGAGAACUCCACCGCAUCAGGAAAAGUGGUUCCCACUGUAAAUGAGACUGCAAGAGAGACUGAGACAUCUUCAGUGACAGAAACUAAGGCUCCACAAGAGAGCACACAGACUGACGUUACCACAGACCGCCGAUACCCCAACAGAGAGCGGCGGCCUCCUGUUCGUCUGAGUUAUUAG